CGCGUCCAGGUGACGCUCCGCAGAGUUUUGUGAAUCUGGACCUUUAAUGGCGGAUCUUUGGCCUCACGGUUCUGAACUCGACGCGAUGACCGACGAGAGAACCGCCGCAGCGUUUUCUGGCCUCUGCAGGAUGGACCGGAGGUUCUGCCGGCUGUGAGCGUGUUCCGGUCCGAUCAGAGCGAUGAGUGUUUCCGACGGUUUCGGCAUGAAGCUUCCUCUUCGCGCCGCCGCCUCCGACCUGAACGGGAACGCCUUCCCUGUGUCUUCCUCGUCCUCCUCGUCCUCGUCCUCGCCGGAGUCGCUGCGCGGCCUGAGCGGCGCCGACAGCCCACCGGACUACGACAUGCUGGAGGUCACCCUGACGACCGUCAUGGCCACCGCGGACGCUGUCGUCAUUUCAAAAUGGCUGCCGCAGGAGGACACGCCAGAGGACGACGUCUCGGCGGGAAAAACAGAGUCCAACGACAACUCGGUGUCGGUGUACCUGGACGCCGACGAGUUCCGGAGAGACGCCUGGAACGACAACCUGACGUUGUCCCUGACGACCAGCAGCGGUAGCCAUGGGAACGACGACCCCUCGACCCCAGACUCUGACGCCACGGAGAUCCCUGCCGACGACGACGAUGACGAGGACGAGGACGAGGAGGCUCUGUUUCUGUCCGUCAGCUCCGAUAUCAACCUGACGCUGAACCCGGAGCUCGCCUGCCCUCCGGUUCUGCCCGAUGACACCCAGACCGAGCCGCCGGCGUCCGAGGACCUGAGUGAAAGCACCCAGGUCACACUUCCUGUAGCUCGGUCCAAAUCUGCCGCCACCAGAACCAAGCCGAGCGGCGUGAACUCGGGUCAGAGAGUCUCCAAACCGGACCUGAAGACAGCCAGAACCAACGUCGGGUCACGAAGCAACCAGUCACCACCGAAAACACCCAGUCAGAUCAGAGCUGCUCCGGUCAAUACGAGGCGAGCAGCUUCCAGGAAGGAGGAGGCGGCUGAUGGAGGCAAAAGGCCGACGGCGGGUCCGGUCCGAGUCGCCGUGGUGCUGAGACCCAUCAGAGCCAAGAGCCACAAGCCCGAGGAGCAGAGGAGGCUGUCGGCCUCCAGCAGCUCUCUGGGCUCCGAGGCGUCUCCCGGCCGGGCGGUCCGACAGAACCGGGAGGAUGGAGCUCCGCUGACGGACAUGGAGAAGCCGAGGAGUCGCGUCAGGAAAGUCUCGUCCAAGCCGGGGCCCGGAGCCAGGCAGCAGCAGCAGCCGCCGGGCCGAGUGGCGCCGCCUCCGGGCUUGGGGACUGGACCUCCGGGACGGGGCAGCCCCGGGCCCAGACCGGCCCAGACCGAAGGCUCCUCGGCGGGGGAAGGCGGGCAGAGCGCCGGCAGCGGAUCUCCGAGCAAACUGAGACCGAGCCCGAGCCAAGGAAUCCCCAAACCUCGGACCAGUUCGUUCACCGCCUCCAAACCAGCAGCCAAUCAGCAGCCGGCGUCGGCAUCGUCGGGGCGACCAGCAGCGCCCGCCUCCUCCUCCUCCAAGCUUCCCGUGAAGGGAUUACCCACAAGCCUCAGCGCCUCGUCGCUGGGAAGCAACGAGAACGGUGGCGCGGCGAGCAGAGCCGACCCGUCGCCUCACGGAGCUCCAGGAACCCGACCGGAGGACCGACCCAGCAGAAGCUCCGCCAAGCCCCCCGGCUGCAGCAGCACCGAUGGUCCCAGUGCUCCCAGUGCUCCCAGUGAUGCCACCAGCGGUGCCAUGAAGCUUCCAGCCAUGAGAAGCAGAGCUUUGUCUCUGCAGGCCCGAAGCUCCGCCACAGGGCUGAAGCCUCCGGCCGUCUCCGCCCACGGCGCCACCAAGCCGGCCGCCCCAAUGGCGCCCAGGACGCCCGCCGCAGGCCAGAACCAGAGCCGGCCGACCCAGAACCCCCUGCAGCGCAGUGGCUCGGCCAGGCUGGGUCGCCCCAGCAGCUUAGUGGACAAGAACAAACCGGCGGCGAGAUCCAGCGGCGGCAGCCAGACGGCCGAGAAGAACCAGAACCAGCAGCUGCCUCCACCUGAGCAGGUUCCAGAUGUGGUGAAUGCUAACACACCAGCGGCACCGGUUCUCCCGGUUCCUGCCACCGAUAACGCCACAUCAGGCUCCACCGGACCCUCCGGCUUCAGAGCCAGAACUGGGCUCCGAUCCAGCCCCAAGGCAGCCUCCCGCCUGCAGAAUGCAACCAGAGCUGCAGGAGGCGCUGCCCCGGUGGACGGGUCGGCCGCGGCCAAACAGAACCAGAACAAGGAGCAGGCAGAGAAGAAGAACCAGGCCAUCAGCCAGCUGAGGAAGCUGCUGCUCCAAGGAAACCGGCGGGUCGAGGCUCUGGCGACGGUCAUCCAGCACCUCUUCACUGAGCGUGAGGAGGCCUUGAAGCAGAAGAAGGAGCUUUCACUGGAGCUGUCCAACCUCCGGGACGAACUCGCGUCGUCGUCGCAGUGCUGCGAGCGCCUGCAGAAGGAGAAGGAGGAGGUCCGGCUGGGCUUGGAGGAGGCGCUGAGGAGGCUGGAGGAGCAGCACAAGGAGGAGCUGGUGCAGCUGGAGGACAGACUGAGGAGCUUCUACCAGACGGAGUGGGACAAAGUUCACCAGGCGUACCAGGAGGAGGCCGACAGGUGUCGCAUGCUGAUGGAGCAGCAGGUGGAGGAGCUGAGGAGCCGACAGGAAGCCGAGAGGAGGAGCCAGGAGGAGAGCCACGGCCAGACCAUGGAGGCCCUCAGGCGGCAGUACGAGGCCUCGGUGGAAGAGCUGCAGAGGCAGCAGCAGACGGAGGUGGACGCCCUGCAGAAGGCUCUGACGGAGACGGAAGCUUCUCUCUCUGAGAAAAUAUCGGAGCUGUCGGCGGAGAAGGAGGAUCUGAGCGAGAAGCUGGAGGCCGAAGAGGAGCGACGGAGGCGAAUCCUGUCCGACAAGAAUCUGAAGGACUCGCACACGGUUUACCUGGAGCAGGAGCUGGAGAGCCUCAAGGUGGUCCUGGAGAUCAAGAACCAGCAGCUGCACCAGAAGGACAAGAAGCUCAUGGACAUGGACAAGCUGGUGGAGGCCAACGUCAAGCUGGAGGAGAGUCUGACCCGAGUGCAGCAGGAGAACGAGGACUACAAGGCCCGCAUGGACCGGCACGCCGCCCUGUCCAAGCAGCUGUCCACGGAGCAGGCCAUCCUGCAGCAGACCCUGCAGAAGGAGUCGAAGGUGAACAAGCGGCUGUCGAUGGAGAACGAGGAGCUGCUGUGGAAGCUCCACAACGGCGACCUGCUGGCGAGCCCCCGCCGCCUCUCCCCCACCUCCCCCUUCGGCUCCCCCAGGAACUCCGCCUCCUUCCCCACAGCUGCUCCGUUGUCGCCCAGAUAACCCGACAACGCGCCGCCGGAAGUCGCGUCACGGACUUGUACAUUUUGAACGAACUGAGUCGCCGCGGCGGCACCGAUGCACUUAACGCGAGCGUGGGACUGUCCUCGCUCCGGAUCUACGCCUGGCUCUCCAACACACCUUCCUUCUUUGUCUGAAGGAAACUGAGCAGCAGGCACACCUCAGGGUCUGUACAUAGAUAUCUCCCCUUCCCUUUUGUUAUGCUGUACAGCUCCGCUCAUCCUUCCAAAGACGUGGAUGAGAGAAAACCUUGGAUCUGUGGAAACAGACUUGUUUGGGUUUGGCGGAUGUUAAAAUGACGGGUACUUCGUGGUGGAUUUGCAUGGAUUGUUUUGUUGUUUUUUUUGCCUUUUCCCUUCUUUUGAAAGAGAUUUUUUUGUUCCUCCCAAAGAGCGAAGCUCAAUCACCGAUCUGCCUCAGACGGACGCUCGCUUGGUCCGUCUGAGGAGCUGAAUCACUGACAUGAACGCUGAUCCUCUGUGAGCUCCUCACAACCUCUACCUUAAUCUGCUCUGUGGAAUGUAAUCACCCCUGGAUGCUAAACACCGUCUCUGAGCCAAAUAUGCAGUUUAUUUAACAGGAGGGUGUUGGCCUUGUCCCUUUACUUCCCCCUUGAAGCCCUCAUUAACUAAUGAACACAGACCUCCCCUCAGCCUUUGUGCCCCAACAGAACUCAGCCCUCCAGGCAGACAGCAGCCUGUUUUACUCAACCCAAAAGACAGAAACUCACUUUGUUUGUCUGUCGUUUGUCCUGAAAAACCUCAGAUGUACCCAAAAUGCCUCAGUGUACAGGGUCCUGUUUUAUGUUGGACACAGAAUAAAUACGAUACGACAUCA